UAUUGCUCAAAAAACAACAUAACCUUUAUACAUGGUCUAUCCCUAUUCCCUACUAUGGUAACAUUGAGUUAUAGACUGACUGUUGUGUUGUGAGAGGUUAGAGUUCGUGUUUGUUACUUCUGUCUGAUAAUGAACUUUCUUAUGCAAUUAUAUUAAAAUUUAAGAAUGGGGGAUGAAAUAAAAAAGAUAUCUUUCGGUUUCAGUAAAUUAUCAAAAAAGCCUUCUAUUAUUUCCAGUCAUACAAAUCAAGUUAAACCGGAAAAGAAUACAAUAGAACUGAUUGAUUGUGUGGAAGGUAAUUCAAUCAAACUAAAAGAACCUUUUAAAAGUGAAAACAAUGUGUUAGUAAUUCCCCUGAAAAAACAAUCGGAAGAUUUACGUGUGCGACAAGAUAAGGAAUUAGAAACCAAACAAGUUGGAGGCGGAACAGCAGUUUUGGUUGGUGACUUUGUUGAUAAUCAAGUUUCUAACAAUUCUAGCCAAGUUUGUGAACCUUCAACUGACAGCCAGGCAAGUGACGUAAAUAAGGAUCUAAAAAUCUCUAACCCUCAAGAAUGUGAGAAACUAACCUUAGACGAAAUUGCCGCAAGAGAAAUUAUAGCAGAGUUAAAUUCAAACAAUGCCAACGAAGAAGCUCGUAUUUUUAGUGUUCCACUGACAAGCAAUCCUCCUACAGGUGAGAAAGAAUCAUCUCUUGAUGAUUAUGAUAAUGUACCAGUAAAUGAAUUUGGAAUGGCUAUGCUUAGAGGUAUGGGAUGGGCUCCAGGUAAAGGUAUUGGGAAGAAUGAAAAGUCUGUUACUGUAAAAUUACCAACAGUUAGGCCUAAAGGAAUGGGGUUAGGUGCUGAUAAAUUUAUUAAAGAGGCAAGUAACAAUAAAAAUGUUGAUGAAAAUUUAAAAAUGAUCAAAGGCAGUUUUGUUCGUGUGGUUGCAGGACCUCAUAAAGAUUGCUAUGGUCAGAUAGAAGGUUUUGAUGAUGAAUCUGGAAGACUGAUUGUAAAGCUUGUCUUAAAAAAUGUCUCAGUGUCCCUUAAUGAGUUUAUGGUUUUGUUAGUUGACAAAAAAGAGUUUUUAAAAAACUCUAAAGUAAUCAAUGUUGCUAAAUAUGAGCAAUACAAAGAUGAUGAAAGUAAAAAGAAUCCUGAUCAGGAACAAAUUGAUAAAUCUGUAGAUAAACCAACAAGAACAGAUAGUAAGCUUAAGUAUGAAAAGUCAGUAAACCAUUCAAAAUCAAAAAAACAUGGAUAUAAACAACAGUCAAGUUCAUUGGAAAGUGAGGAUUCGGACAGAGAGAUUACCAAAGCUCCCAUAUCAAGUAAGACUUUUUCACAUAAAUCUUCAAAUAAGCAGAGUAAAAGAUCUAGAAGUAAUUCUAGAAGUGAAGAUGACAACUAUUCUAGAAAAAGACGUGACAGGUCAGUUUCAUUAGACAAAAAUUCAUACUCUAAAGAAAGAGGCAAAAUAAAUAAGACGACUGAUGCCAAAAACUCGCGUAGGCCAGCAGAAAGAUCGUUGAACAGACGCAAAUACAGUUCAGAGUCAUCAAGAACAAGUAGUUCAAGUGAUUAUUCUAGCAGCAGGAAUAGGACAAAAACUAAAGUGUAUAAAAAACCGUUACGGACUCGCUCUAGCUCAUCGGACAGAAGUGUAAGUUCAGGUUGUUAUUCAAAAAAAGAUAAAAAUAGAACUAAGAAAAAGAAACCUAGUUCGCAUAAGUAUAAAUCUAGAAGCCGAUCAAGAUCACCAAGAAAAAAAAAUAGCCAUAAGAAACACAAAAAAAGGUAGUUAAUAGAUUUUAAGGACUAUCUGUUUAAUGUAAGGAAAUUGAGUAGGCAGGGAGUUUCCUUUCUCUUUGUAAUAUCAUAUGCAAUUCUUGAAUGAAGUGUUUAUUUUUUAAAGUUUGUGUAUACUUUUUAACUAUGUAUUGAGUAGUUGAUAUCAUGUAUGAA